AUGUUUCACCUGUUUUUUUCCAGUGUGCCUGAAUCAGUAAAAAUUUUGGCCAGUCGUGUCUUGGCGGAGUUGUUACUGACAGUGGGCAAGUCAAUGUCGCUGCUGAUGUCAUGUGAUGAGCAACUCCUUGCAGCCGGACUCAUGCACAUUCGUUGGAGUCCUGAGCAACCUGGUGAGCUGGAGAGAAGUCUGUGCCGUGAGGAGGAGACAGUGACGGCUCUGGUUCUUUUACACGUGUCGUACACGCUUGGGUUUCGAGUUGUCGAGACGGAGGACAUGCUUGGCGUACUGCACAAAGUGGCCGUGGUCUGUCCUGACAUGGCUGCUCAUCUGGAGGCGGAUGCCGUUCAGAGUUUUGUUUUCCUGUAUAGCCUCACCUGGGCUGACCUCACGGAACCUGAUAUAUUCAUCUUGGAAGAUUUAGAUCACUGGCUCUGUGGUCAGCUGGUCAGAUGCCCAGUACAGAAGUGGUCAACGCUGGACUCGCUCCUGUUUCGCUGGUGCCUGAGCUCGGAGAACAAGAGCUCCAGAUUGGGAGUUCACUUGGUUGAACACUGGGUGAUGGAAGUGGGCGUGGCCUAUGCCAGUGAUCCCAGUUUUGACUUUGACUCAGAUCAUCGCCAUGGGAAGAUAUUUGCAGAGGCAAAACAAAGUUUUCAUUUUCUUUCAUCUCUUUUGUCUUUCUGGUCAAAAGAGCAGCCAGACAGCUGUAUUGCCAGAACGGCCGUCGACAUUCUGCUGUGGUGGAUAAACCUGAUAUCUUCUGAGAGAGCCACUGAGAAGACUGUCAGCUUGUACCAGAGGGUGCUCUCUCACGCCUGCCGACAUUUUGAAAAAGCUGUUUGUUCAAGUGUGGAGACCAUAGAUAAAGCGGAAAGGUUUCUACUUCCCAUAAUCUGUGCCAUGUUGAAGAGCCCGCUGUACUUUGGAGACCUGUGGACGUUCAGACUGAAGACCACAUUGCAUGUGGCAAAGCUGUUUUGUCGGGAUACCCUUGAGAGUAUGGUGGAAAACUGUCUACAGUUCCUGUCUGCUGUGUGUUCAGUGUUGCAGAAGCAAGAUAGCAAAGCCUUGAUUUCCCCUUUGAUGCAGAUUGAGGGGUUUGCCCGAAAGUUGGGUUCAGCGUUUGAAUCUUCGCGAGAAUCUGUGUCAGCCUUAGCUGUAACUGUCAUCAACUGGUUGUCUCAAAAUGGACAAAGUUACCAGGGUAAUCAGUCGGUGCUCAUUUCAGUUCAGCAGCUCAUGUCUCGGCUGGCAGCGGCUCCUGCCCGUGGUUCCUGUUCUUUGGGUUUGGUUCGCCUCGUGCGAACCGCUCUUUCAGCGGCAGAGAACGGUGGUCGUGUCUCUUGUGGCGGAGCGGUGGAAUUUGUGAAAGAAACGCAGACGUGUCGUCUGUUUGACAAGAUCUUCUCGACGACUGAACUGCGGCAGAUUUACGUGUGUCUACAGCAGUUUUUGUUGGAGGAAAAUCCUGAUGUGAGACUGCUCUCUGUUCUUUGUGUUGGUUCCCUCCUUCAAGUCUCGGAAGAAGUUUGUCAGUACGUAGUGCAGCAGCCGUGGAACUGGACACUGGUCAACUCCAUGCUGUCCUCCAGAGCCUCGGACAGACUCACUCGGGCGGAAGUGGAGUUUUGUCACCUGUUACUUAUGAAUGGAAUGGAACUAUUUAGGACCAAGGCAACUGCCGACAAUUAUUUGACUGCUCUUUUGAAGUCUGAACUAAGUGAAGAAAUGUUUCCCAAAGCUGAAUGGUUUGUCGAACAGCUGAAGAAUGCGUCAGUUUCUGCAGACAAAGAACUGUUGAGUGCAGCUGAAAACCAUCUACUGAGGUUCAGAGACCUGCUCCAGUGAUGGGGAAAAUGGUAAUGCCUGGAAAAAGUGGAAGGGGAAGACCGAGAAGAUUUGUUUGUCACAGUUUGUGAUUCUGAAAUUAAACUGAACUCUUCAUUUGA